AUGGGCGGCAACCUCAGCGCGACCGAAUUUCGGGCGCGCCACCAGGGCCCAUGGGCCGCGAAUUUCAAGGAGCGGCUCCUGCGAUGGGAGGACAAGGGCUUCACAGGGUAUCAUGCCACCCACAUGAGCAACCGGUACCGCAAUAACCCGCGCACGGACCUCACGGGCCCCUUCGUGCCCGGCAAGGGCCAGUCCUACUUCCGCGUCGAGUUCCUCGCCAACACGAAGGCGCAUAACUACGCCGGCGACGGCGACACCGCCCGGUCGCACCCGUUCCAGGCGUCGCCCGAGCGCCCCGACGACCGCCUCGCCGACUAUUCCAUGAACACGUACUUCUUGAGCGUCCUCGCGGCCAACGUCUCCUGCGCGGGGGCCUGGGGCAAGCCGGACUGGUACUUCUUCGAGGUCGUCUGCGGCCGCUCCGACACCGUCGUCGACUGCGGCAUGACCACCGUGCCGGAGACGUACGCGCUGAAGCAGCCGGCGGCGCACCGCGAUCUCCGCGAGCUCCUCCGCCAGGGGAAGCUCCCGCCGCCGCUGCCCGCGGAGGACCCGCCGGCGAAGCGCUCCCGC